AUGUGUAUGGUGAAACAUUCGAAAAUUAAAUAUUAAUAAAACAACAGUAAAAUAAGUUCGAACGGGGAAACAGAUAAUGAUUGUGAUAAAGUUUUAGUUUUUCGUGCGCAACCAAUCUGACAUCAUCUGCAACACCUCUUUGGGCGAUAAUUUUUGUAAAAUUUCGUGAAUAAGAAAAAAAUAGAACAGACAUUAACAAGGAAUAAAAAAAGUGAAAAGAAAGGAAGUCAUAUAUAAAAUAAGAAAAAGGAUUUAUUGUUGUUUCAAGAUCAGCAGAAGAAGUGAAAACAAAAAUUUGAUUAAAUGAAUUUAGAAAUGUUAAAUACGUUAGAAACACUAGCAAAUAAAUUGUCAUCAGGUCAACAGAACAACAAAGGCAUCCUGUUAGAUAAUAAUGGAAACAAACUUAAUGGUCUCACAGCGGUCAUUAGCCGAUCUGAAAAGACCCAACAGCAACAUCAUUACCAAAAGGAAUCGAUUUAUCACAGAUCAUCGCCAAACAACAAUGUUACUAACAACAACAACAAAUAUACAGAAAAAUGUUUUGCAGAAGUCAUAGUGUUGUGUCUGAGCAUAUUUAAAUAUCUACAAAUUUCCAAUGAAAUGACUAAUUCAGAUUAUUCUAAGUACAUUGCUCAGAGCAUUGAUCUUAUAACGAGAUAUUGCUUCUUUGAAAAUAAUAUGAUAACAUUUAUUGCUAUUCCCUCGAGAUUUUGUAAAUUUCAUCAUUCAUUGUCAUGUUUCUGA